AUGGCGGUGUGGUGCGGCGUGCGUAUUCUGCCGCUUGAGCGUCGCGUCUACUCCAUUACGCUUGUGAUAGAUCCAAACACAGCUUUCCUACGAGCGGCUCGCGCUGGACAGCUCGACACAGUGGUCGACCUGCUCGACUCCGGCGCAGUCAAAGAUAUAAACACUUGUAAUUCGAACGGGCUGAAUGCUCUCCACCUCGCAGCUAAAGAUGGCCACAUCUCCGUCGUGGAGGAGCUACUCAAAAGGGGCGCCACUGUCGAUGCUGCUACCAAAAAAGGCAACACAGCCCUGCACAUAGCAUGCCUCGCAGGACAGGAAGCAGUAGCGCAGGCGCUGCUCGGCGCGGGGGCAAAGGCCGACGCACAGUCCGCGGCUGGCUUCACCCCCCUAUACAUGGCCGCACAGGAAAACCAUGCGGGGUGUGUCAAAAUGCUCCUCGCUGCUGGUGCCAGCCAGACCUUGGCGACCGAGGAUGGCUUCACUCCUUUGGCAGUGGCAAUGCAGCAGGGCCACGAUCGAGUGGUAGCCGAACUACUUGAAUCCGACACACGAGGGAAAGUUCGACUACCGGCGCUACACAUCGCCGCGAAGAAAAAUGACGUCAAAGCAGCCACAUUGCUUUUAGAAAACGAACACAAUCCAGAUGCAUGCUCAAAAUCUGGCUUCACCCCCCUCCACAUAGCAGCCCACUACGGCAAUGUUGGAGUGGCAAGAGCUUUACUAUCGGCGGGUGCGGACGCCGGACGAGCUGCCAAACACAACAUCACACCGCUACACGUCGCUAGCAAAUGGGGGCAGCUCGCCAUGCUAGACCUGCUUGUUGAGAAUGGUGCAAACAUAGCCGCUGUGACUCGUGAUGGCUUGACUCCACUACAUUGCGCAGCACGUUCUGGCCACAGUAAUGUCGUAUCACGACUAUUGCAGCACGGGGCACCCAUCACUAGUAAAACAAAGAACGGUUUAACCCCUCUCCACAUGUCUGUGCAAGGCGAACACGUGGAGACGGCCAAAGUUCUACUCACUGAAGGUGCUCCAAUAGAUGACGUCACAGUUGACUAUCUCACUGCCUUACAUGUUGCUGCUCACUGCGGACAUGUUAAGGUGGCCAAGCUUCUUCUAGACAGAAACGCGGACGCCAACGCUCGAGCUCUGAACGGCUUUACACCUCUACAUAUCGCGUGCAAGAAGAAUCGGCUAAAAGUUGUCGAAUUACUGCUUAAAUAUGGUGCCAGCAAGUCUGCCACGACGGAGUCGGGUCUGACGCCGCUGCACGUGGCGUCGUUCAUGGGCUGCAUGAACAUCGCGCUGGUGCUGGUGGGCGCGGGCGCGGCGGCCGACGCGGCCACGGCGCGCGGGGAGACGCCGCUGCACCUCGCCGCGCGCGCGCACCAGACCGACCUCGUGCGCGUGCUGCUCAGGAACAACGCCAAGGUGGACGCUCGAGCUCGCGAGGAACAAACUCCGCUCCACGUAGCCGCUCGACUGGGUCACGCCGAUAUUGCGGCGCUGCUUCUCCAACAUGGUGCUGACGUCACAGCCACCACCAAGGACAAGUACACACCACUGCACAUUGCUGCAAAAGAGGGCAAAGAAGAAGUAGCAGCCAUUCUCCUGGAUAACAACGCGCCUAUUGAAGCAGAAACUCGUAAAGGUUUCACUCCACUGCACCUGGCCGCUAAGUACGGAGACACGGGGGUGGCCAGGCUGUUGUUGGCCCGCGGUGCAUCCCCCGAUGCGCCUGGCCGCUCCCACAUAACACCGUUACACAUGGCUACAUAUUACGGACAUCCAGAUAUAGCUUUGUUGUUAUUAGAUAAAGGUGCAUCGCCACAUUCUCUGGCGAAGAACGGUCACUCAGCGCUCCACAUCGCUUGUCGGCACAACCACCCCGAUAUCGCCUUCGCACUGCUCGAACAUGAUGCGGAUCCCAGUGUCAAGUCCAAGGCUGGCUUUACACCCCUACACAUGGCAGCGCAGGAGGGGCACGAAGACUGCGUAGAGAUGUUGAUCGAACGAGGAGCGGACGUCAAUGUGCCGGCUAAUAAUGGUCUGACGCCGGUGCACCUGGCGGCGGCGGAGGGGCGGUCGGGCGUGCUGCGCGCGCUGCUGGCGGCGGGCGGGCACGUGUCGGCGCGCACGCGGGACGGCUACACGCCGCUGCACGCCGCCGCGCACCACGGCCACCACGCCGCCGCCAAGGCGCUGCUGGCCGCGCGCGCAGACGUGCACGCGCGCGCCGCGCACGGAUUCACACCAUUACACCAAGCGGCGCAACAGGGCCACACGCUUAUCAUACAACUGCUGUUAAAGAGCAACGCCGAUCCGAACGCACUAUCUGCUAAUGGACAGACAGCUUGCGCAAUCUCGGACAGACUCGGAUACAUCAGCGCUGUUGAGGCGUUGCGACCCGUAACUGAAAACACCUUGAGUCAAGCUGUCGGCGAUACUGGUAAGUUCAAAAUUUAUUUUGCUUUACGGCUUGAACUUUGA